AUGUCUGUAAUUCACGUGGAAGAGGGAUUCGCAAUUCUAGAUGAACAGAUAUAUUACAAUAAAAUAUUCGGAAAAUUGAAUGUAGAAAUACGCUCGGAGUUGUAUGAAAUCAAUUCCAAAUUUAUGCCGGAUUCCCAGUUCCAAGCAAUGAAGAAACGAGGAAUUCCGAACCGAAAAAGAAAAAUGCGAAAAGAAGAGAAAUCAGAAGAGACCACGUGGAUUCAAGGAAUAGCAUCUGAAAUUCAAAAGAUUGGGUUAUCAUCUGGAUAUUUUACAAAAUUAGAUUCUCACGAUAACAAUGAAUAUGCUAGAAGUGCUGCAGAAAAAGCUCUUCUUGUAAAAACUCCUCCAAAACGUAUGGCAUCUACACAAGUAAUUGAGUUCGAGAGCAUAGAGCGAAUGGAUAAUUUAAUGUGUAAUGGCAUAAUAAGCAAUUGGAUAUCAUGCUCUGAAAAUAGUCCAGGAAUCAUUGAAGAUUCAGAAAAUCAUAAGUUUUAUAUACCACCAGGUGCCACAUUUCAUGUUGGUGAUGUCACGGACGUUGAGCAGUAUUCUGUUUUGAACGAAGUACUCUUUGAUCUAGUGAUUGCUGAUCCACCAUGGUUCAGUUUAUCUGUGAAACGAAAGAAAACAUACAAAAUGGACGAACAAGUUCUGGAUAAUCUUCAUCUUCCCAGUUUUACAACAGAUGAUAGUCUAAUAAUAUUCUGGAUAACUAAUCGGAAGGGAGUCGAGAACGAAAUGAAUGAACGAUUCAAACAGUGGGAUAUGGAAUUGAUUGCCACAUGGAAAUGGUUGAAAGUGACAAAAGAAGGAGAACCAGUUUAUGAUUUUGAUAAUAUCAGACACAAGGUUCCAUAUGAAACGUUAGUUUUCGCGAAAAAACGAAAAAGUUCGGAAAAGUUCGAUUUACCGGAUAAACUAAUAAUUGCAAGUGUUCCGAUGGCAAUCCAUUCUCACAAACCACCUCUUCUGGAUCUGUUGCGGCAUUUUAAUGUUGACAUCAAACAACCUCUGGAACUCUUCGCUCGAUCACUUCUUCCCUCUACUCACAGCAUUGGUUUUGAACCAUUUCUACUUCAAUCCGAACACAUUUUUACCCCGAAAAACGCGUGUAACAUCAAUAAUCAUCAAAAUCUGUAUCAAUAA